CCAUAGGGCCACCUCUGUCUCUCCUGGUGGGCAGGCCCUAGGCUGACCUUUAACCUAGUGGGCGGGGUUGGGGUUGCUCGUUUCCAGCAGGGACCAUUUCCAGCAGUGACCGUUGGGCCUGCCGAGCCUGCCGCUGUUACUGGUGAGGGCGUGGUGGGCGUGUCUGGUGGGCCGGUCCAGUCCAGGCUGGCCGGAGUGUGGGGCAGGCAGCAGCCUGAUGGUGGGGCAGGGUAGGCUGGGGAAGCCAGGCAGGGUGGCUCCCGCCGCCUGUGAAGCUGGAUCCUCCCUGGGCGGAGCUGGGUCCACUAGAAUGGCGGCCCCACUCCUCAGGGAGGAUGUGAGUCGCAGAAGUCACGCUGGAGGAAAUCAGUUACGUUCUGACUGUGCUCUUCAUUUCCGAUCCUUACAUAAUAAAAGGCAUGGUCGCUUUUAGGGAAAUGUCUGAAAAAUUACGAAGAUGCCGAAAGGAGCUGACUGCAGCCAUUGAACGAGCCUUUGAGGGAGUCCGGCAUUCCCAGGAGUGUACAGCCCAGCCGUGGCCGGACACACCGUCCUCGCUGCCGGCGCACAGGCUCCUCUGCAGAAGCCCUUUCGCCACUUGUACCCUUGGUGCUCCUGGUGCCCCCUGUGCGCCUGAGAAUGAGAACCCGGCCUUUGCACCACACCAUGUCUCAGUUAAUGCAAAACCACACUCUUUAUACCCCAAAAGAAAACCUCUGACCAGCAAGGAAAACGUAUUGAUGCAUUCUUCCAUUUUGGCACUUGAAAGACAGUUUUGGAGAGCUCCAGAAGAUGGGGAAAACUGGAGGAAAGAAAGUUUAAGGAAAGAUAUGGAGAGAGAUUUAAAAGAUGACUCAAAUGUGAUGCUCAGCAGUUCUAGUCCAGAGGUCACAAAGGAUCUGCUUGAUAUGAUUGACCAUACAAGUAUCCAAACUAUUGAAGAGCUGGCCGGAAAACUGGAAUUUGAAAACGAAUUGAACCGUGUGUGUGGCCGCUGCCAAGAUUCACCCUUCAAGGAGGAAGCCUGGGCCCUGCUUAUGGAUGAGAGCCCUCAAAAGGCUUUGGACGUUGACCCUGGCAGCCUCAAGCAGGCGUUUGAUGAUCAGAAUAUUGUUGAGACUAUUCUGGACUUGGAAGAGGACUACAACUUGAUGACCUCUUUUAAAUACCAAAUAGAGUAGGGAAAGUUGAUUUGAGCAGCCACAGUGGUUAUCAUGG